AUGGAUAUAGUAAGAAAUUCACGAAAUGAUUUAAAAACACGGCAAAAUGCUUUCGCAACUAUGAUCAAAGACGAACAAAAUUAUACAUUAGAUACUGUCAAAUUAUCACAAUCAUUAAUCAGAUAUGAUAUGGAUUUAAGAACAGAUGCAUUUAGAGCAUUGAUUGCAAUAUUACCAAAGAAUUUUAGCAAAAUGAAUGAGUUUAAAAUUGAUUUAGUUGAAAUUGGGAAGUCUAUUGAAAAUGAAUAG